AUGAGAGAGAAAGUAGAGAGAAGGGAGAGAGAGGGUGGAGAAGCGAUUCAGGGAGAAGUAGACGGAUGGACUCCGGUACGGCGGAAGGGGCGGCGGGAACGUAAAGGAAGAUGGGAUAAUGCUAGCGGCUCUUUGAGGAUUGAUAAUGAGAGACAGCAAGGGCAAGGUAGAUCUGUUACUACUUUCUUCUUCUGUUCAUUUCCUGAGAGUUUUAGAGCAAAGGACCUGUAUGAGGUGUUUUCAAGGUUUGGGGCGGUGAACAAAGUGAUUAUUACGGCAAAAAGGGAUGUGCGAGGUAAACGUUAUGGUUUUGUUCGGUUUUUCGAUGUUAAAGAUCCCCGGAUUCUUGCAUGCAAACUGGAUAAUGUCUUCUUGGAAGAGGUCAAGCUCCAGGUGAAUCUGCCAAGAUUCUCUCGUCCGGUGUCUAAUAUUGGGAGGAAAAGUGGAACGGUUUUGCGCGAAGGGAUAACGAAGGAUCAUAUUUCAAAGAAGAAGGUGGAUAAGAUGAAGUCCAAUGGUUGCGAGAGGGGUGAAUCAAACUUUUUGGAUUCUUUUGCAAGGGUGGUUCAGAAUGGGCGUGUUAUGGGAGUGCAGGCUGAGUUGAAACGCAAAGAUUCUUAUAAUCAUGUUAUGGUGAAUCCGAUGGCGGCUCGUAAUAGUGUGGAGUGUGAGGGGGUUGAUGCAGAAUUUCGCACGGAGAAGGAUGAAACUUGGUUGAAGCUCAAGAAGGCGUAUGUUGGUGUUGUUAAGAAUCCUGGAAGUUCCUAUAACAUUCAAAAUCACUUCUUCUUGGAGGGAUAUUUUGAUGUCAAGGUUUCCCCUUUAGGACCUAAUCUCUGUUUGUUAGAAAGCUUUGAAGAUGGUGAUGUUGAUGCAUUGGUGGAAGGAGGUGUUGAUUGGUGGAAACAAUGGUUUACUAGUAUUAAACGUUGGCAGCCGGAGGAUGUUGAUGAGGAACGUAUUACGUGGGUUCGGUGUUUCGGGAUUCCUUGUCAUGCCUGGUCCUAUGAAUUCUUUGAAGUCCUUUCAUCUCUGUUUGGAGUCUUGGUUUGCAGUGAUGAUCUUACAGGAAAGAAGAAGAGCUAUGAUAUGGCGAGGUUACUUGUUCGUAUCCCGUAUGCUGCGAAAAUCAAUAACUCGUUCAAGAUUCGGAUUAAUGGAGGUUGCUUUAUUAUUAGGGUGUUAGAAGAACUAACAGGACCGUCGAAGACGUCCGUGGUUCAGGAACCGGCGGUGGUGGUGAACUCGUCGGAGGAGGAUGUUGAAGACGACGAUUUCUCUUCAGUAUGUGGGGUCCAUGUUGACGGGCUGUUCGAGGAAGAUGACUUGAUGGCAGAAAAAGACAACUCUGAAGUUGGUAUAUUUGAAAAGCAAAUUCUUGGCGUGUCUGAUAAAAAGACUUUUUUUGGUGAAAAGGUUUCUUUAUUGAGUUCUGACUCUUCUAUUGUGAAAGAGACGUGUCCUCUUGAGAAGGUGGAGGGUAAUAGGUGUGGGUCUCAAGGAAUUGGUCAGAAUAUUGCUGUGGGGAAGGACUUGAGUGUAGGAGCAAAAGUUCAAAAAAUUAGGCCUUUAGCUACUGUUUUUGCAAAUAGUAAAAAAGUGGAUGUGGGCAAACUUCCUUUGGUUGAAACCGUGGGACCCUCAGAGAGAGAAGGGGGGGAUUUGAAGGCAUGUAAAUAUAGUGAUGCUGCAGGUCUCAAAACUAUUUUUUCCGGGUACUGUUCUGGUAUUCAAAAUUUUUCUGUUACGAGCGGUAACUUUAAUUCUAUUGAGAAGGAAGUUUCAGAAUCUAAUAAUUUUUCUGGUGGCUCUGUUAUGUGUGAUUAUUCUAAUACUGAUUCUGGAGUUGUGCAAUCUAACAAGAGGUUUUGGAAGAAGAAAGUUAAUGGAUCUAAUGCUGAGGAAAUUUGGUCGAAAGCGAGACUUUUAGGCAUGUCGGGAGGUGGUUCCGUUUCUCAACAGAUUGAAGCAAUUAAAUUGAAGGAAAUCCAGGAUAAAAAAAUCUAUGGGUUGAAGGAUGCAUCCAAACUUGUUUCUCAAUGA